GUGCAGGCCUAGGCGCAGCUCGGGUCUCCAGCGGUCACCUCCGAGUCUGGCCCGGCCCGAGUGGGGCGCCCCUGCUUCCCCUGGGUGUGGGCUGGGCGGUGGGUUCGGGAGGCACCCGCGAGGAGUUCAUCGGACUUAGAGCGACAGCGUAGCCUGCUUCCGAGGGAGUUGCCAAGACUGAUGUUUACGGAAGCUGUCACAGCAGUAUCGGUUUCCAGUUCUCAUGGACAAGCAACUACUUUUUAGAGCGCUCCUCUAAGUGAGAAGAUGUCAGAUGUGGAGACUUCGUCUGACAGGUCACAAAGUGACCAUGCAUUGGUAGAGCACUACCUGGAAAAAUCAGGUAGAAGAAGAUGGCAAACAAGUACAUUCCCUGUAACCUUUGCCCAAAUUUUGUGUUGCCUCCUCAUUAUAUUCCUAACCUCAACUGUUUUUGCACUUUCUGUUAUCAUAGCAGGGAGAAAACAAGAGAAUGUCUUAGAGUUCUCUAUGUGUGCUGCCUGCCCAGAAACCUGGAUUGGAUUUAGAGGGAAGUGUUAUUAUUUUUCUGAGGAGACAAGGAAUUGGACAUUCAGUCAGACCUUCUGUGCCUCAGUGGAAGCUAGUCUUGCUCAGUUUGAAAUCCCAGAGGAACUGAUUUUCCUGAAAAGAUACAAAGGUCCUUCUGACCAUUGGAUUGGCCUUAGCAGAGAAUCGUUUCUUCACACCUGGAAAUGGACAGAUGGCACCGAAAAUAAUAACUCGUUUACCAUCAAAGGAGUUGGAGAAUGUGCCUACCUGAAUGACAAUGGUGUCAGUAGUGCCAGGGCCUAUACAGAGAGGAAAUGGAUUUGUAGCAAGCAAAACGAUUAUCCCCAAAGAUGCCAAAUUGAUUCAAGAUGUAAAUAGAGAAUUAUCCAAAGCACAGGAGAGCGAUGCAUUGUAAAUUGUUAUGUACAGUUGCUGAUCCAUUUUUAUGGUCUACCAAAAAUACUACCAACCUGUAUUCAUAAUAUCUAUUGCCACAAAGGAUACAAACUGUAUAGUGUAGUGGUUAUCAUGUUCACUUCACAAAGGAUACAAACUAUCACAAACAGCCUACUGCCACUGAGUCUAUUCUAACUCAUAGCGACCUUAUAGGACAGAGAACUGCCCCAUAGGGUUUCCAAGGAGCAGCUGGUGGAUUCGAACUGCGGAACUUUUGGUUGGCAGCCAAGCUCUUAACCACUGUGCCCCCAGGGCUGCACAAACUAUCAUAGCCUGGUAUAAUACAGGGAUUUUGAAUAGCAUGAUUCUCAAUUAAUUGUUUGAUGAGUUGAUGAGUUGGAAUUCACUUGAUGGCAAUGGGCAAAGAGUUUUGAUGUGUCAAUACUUUUAAUUUGAUCACGGGGUAUAAGAAAUAUCAGCAAACUUUACCUUUAUGACCAGAUACAAAACUUACUAAAAUGUCUUUUCCAAACAGACAGUCCUUGCUUUGCACACAUGAAGCCAUAAGAAUGACCAUGCUAGCUGAAGCCAUGUAAAAAGAUAUUAGUAAUCAACGAGAAAAAUUGAUUGUUCUGUGACCUUCAAAAAUUUUUGUGAACACAUUCAAAACUUUUUUAUUGUCAGAAAUAUAGAGGGGAAUUUAAAAAAUGCUAAAAUGAUAUUUAUUUAGUAUAUCUUGUUUUAAAACAUUAGAAACACUGAGAAUUUACGUGUUUUCUUUCUUGGUUAAAAAAACAAACAACUUAUUGAAAAUAGUUUGAACAGUGCUCACCUUCUUUUCAUAGUACAACUAAUUAUACAGAAUGAACAUCUUUGGUGAGUUGUCAUAGCACUUUCUAGGCUUGAAUCAGCUUCCAACAUUUUCUCUUUGUGCUUUCCAUGUUGUGAAAUAUCUAUGAGAAUUCCUGUGAAAUAGUUUCUGUAAUCUCUUCCUCAGGAACAUCUUCAUCCUUUUCGUCACGACCACUUUACUCAUUUAUGUCAAUAGUUUGCCUUCACUAAGUUCUUAUGGCUGCAUAUCUAGAGCCUCCCAAUGGCAGCAAUACCAGUGUUCUCACAAUCAGCUGUUUCUCCUAUAAUUCCAUUUACGCUUGAUUCACAUUUCACUUCCUGCAUUAUCACUCUUCAUUACUCUGCUGCACUGUCAUUUCUUUUUGGCCAAUCUCCUCUUUGGGGUAUCCAUUUUUGUAAAAUGACACAUGAGUUAAUAAAUAAGCAACAAGGAGGCAACACAACUACAUGCUUUGCUGUCUGUGCAUGAGAUGAAAAACAGAUGUGCAGUGACCAGUCACUGACAGACUUUGAAACAAGUGCUGCAUUGGCCACGAUAUAAUGAGCAUCUCUUGUUUGUGUAGAGAUAUGUGGACUGAAGAGCUAUCAGGGAAGUGUAUACUCAUGCAAUUAUUCAGUUAAUUGCACAGUUAAUAUACUGUGGUACUGAAAUUUGAACUGUGUUGUCAGGUGGUAAUUGGAAUAUAUGCACAUCAGAACUGUACAAAGUGAGGACUGUCUCUUUAAAACAUGGAUUCCUCAUGCCUAAGGCAAAUACCGUUCUCUCUUUUACCCUUUAUUGGAUUUAAAUCCUUGAGUUUAUUCCAGAAUAAGUCAAAGACAGUUAACAAUUUGAAUUAUUUAAGCAUUCAAUACCUAAUUGCACCACUGUUUAUAUACUAAUAAGUUUUAAAAAGAAAAUAUUUAAAAUUUUAUGGCAUCAGCUACACUGUACUGACGAAUCCCAAUAAGGAUGAAAUAGCAGUUUACAAUAUAUCUCCUCACUAAUAUGCUUCCAUUGCUCUUACUUUAUUGACAGAUUGAUCAGUUUCUUCUUGUAAUUCUGAAAUUUUUGCUGCGUAUAUUUUGAGAUUAUGUUAUUAACCAGAAAAAAAAAUUUUUUUUUACUGUGUUGUUAGUUGCAUAUAAACAUAUUUCAUAAAAAUUAAAUCUUUUUCCAGUAAAUAGUAACCUUACUUAACUCUAAUAAUGUUUUCUGCCUUAAAAUUCAUUUUAUGUCAAGCUUUCUAACAGGCAGGAACAAAGUCUAGUUCACGUCUGUAUCCUAAGAGCCUACCACAGUGUCUCAAAUACAGAUAUGCUCAAAACAUAUUUGUGGAAUGAAAGAAUGUGCUCAUAGCUAUAAGACUCUGCCUUAUUUCCUUGGUUUCUGUUUACUUUUUCACAAAGAAAUCUAAAUUUCUACAGAAAUCUAGGAACUAAGAAGCAAGAUUUUUUUUUUUUAAUUUUUAUCGUGCUCUAAGUGAGUUUACAAACGAAGUCAGUCUCUCAUACAAAAACAUAUAUACCCCUUGUUAUAUACUCCUAGUUACUCUCCCUCUGAUGAGACAGCACCCUCCUUCCCUUCACUGUCUAUUUUCGUGUCCAUUUGGCCAGCUUCUGGCCCCCUCUGCCCUCUCAUUUUUCUCCAGACAGGAGCUACCCACAUAGUCUCGUGUGCCCACUUAAUCCAAGAAGCUCAGUCUUCACCAGUAUCAUUUCCUAUCCCAUGGUCCAGUCCAAUCCCUGUCUGAAGAGUUGGCUUUAGGAAUGCUUCCUAUCUUGGGCUAACAGAAGGCUUGGGGACCAUGACCUCCGAGGUCCUUCUAGUCUCAGUCAGACCAUUAAGCCUGGUCUUUUUUUUUUAGUUUUUAUUGUGCUUUAAGUGAAAGUUUACACAUCAAGUCAGUCUCUCAGACAAAACCUUGUAUACACCUUGCUAUAUACUUCUGGUUGCUCUCCCGCUGAUGAGACAGCAUAUUCUUUCUCUCCACCUUGUGUUUCCGUGUCCGUUCAGCGAGCUUCUGUCCCCAUCAGCCUUCACACCUCCCCUCCAGACAGCAGCUGCCCAGAUAGUCUCAUGUGUCUACUUGAUCAAGAAGGCCACUCCUCACCAGCAUCAUUUUCUGUCUUGUAGCCCCGUCCAAUCCCUGUCUGAAGAGUUGGCUUCGAGAAUGUUUUCUGUCUUGGGCUAACAGAAGGUCUGAGGACCAUGACCUCUGGGAUCCCUCCGGUCUAAGUCAGGCCCUUAAGUCCGGUCUUUUUGCUAGAAUUUGGGGUCUGCAUCCCACUGCUCUCCUGCUCGUUCAGGGAUUCUCUGUUGUGUUUCCUGUCAUGGCUGUCAUCAGUUGUAGCCAGGCACCAUCUAGCUCUUCAGGUCUCAGGCUGAUGUAGUCUUUGAUUUGUGUGGCCCAUUUUGACUCUUGGGCUCAUACUUACCUUGUGUCUUUGGUGUUCUUCAUUCUCCUUUGCUCCAGGUGGGUUGAGACCAAUUGUUGCAUCUUAGAUUGCCCCUUGCUAACGUUUAAGACCCCAAAUGCCACUCUCCAAAAUGGGAUGCAGAAUAUUUUCUUAAUAGUUUUUAUUAUGUCAAUUGACCUAGACAUUCCCUGAAACCGUGGUCCCCACACCCCGGCCCCUGCUGUUCCGGCCUUCAAAGCAUUCAGUUUAUUCAGGAAACUUCUUUGCUUUUGGUAUAGUCUAGUUGCGCUGAACACUCUUGUAUUGUGUGUUGUCCAUCCCUUCACCUAAAUUAGUUUUCGUCUCCUAUCUAAUUAGUGAGUCCUCCCUCCCUCCCCCCUCUCGUAACCAUCAAAUAAUAUUAUCUUCUCUGUUUAGACUAUUUCUUGAGUUCUUAUAAUAGUGGUCUCAUACAAUAUUUGUCCUUUUAAGAAGCAAGAUUUUAUAUUGAUAAACUCCGUUAAGUAUGUGACUAAUUCAUAAAUAAAAGUUGAAACAAACAGUGACCCUAACUGACCUACUAGUCUUUUACAAACUAGCUUCCAAACCGUGUACCUAAAGCAUGGACUCCGUUACUUACCAGCUGUGACCCUGGCAAAUUACAUAGCCCCUUAAGUAGAGUUUCCUCUCAUGAAAAAUGAAUAUAAUAAUAACAGCUUCACGGCUAGUUGUAAGAUUCAAGUGAGAUCAAACAUGAAAAUCUCUUGCCACUGUGUCUGACUCAUAGCAAAUACUUAAAAACAUUGUUAUUGCUGAGUGGAAAUAAAAGUAAAAAUAACAGCAGUCAUCCUGCCACUAGCGUGGAAACUUCUACAGUGUUGUUAAAAAUUCAUUCUGGUGUUUGUGCUCACAGAGCUGUGUUAAUUUGUUAUGCUUCUGUAGAAAUCCCCACUGGCUGAACUAUGACUCACAUGUGGGAAGUGUUCCUUCCUCGGAACAAGCCUGCAAUAACAUAUACAACAGGCAAUCUACACACUUUGGAACACCCAUUCUUACAGUUUCAAUAUAUCUCGAUUCAUUUUUCACACUGCAGCCAAAGUGAUGAUUCUAAGCCAAAAUAUGAUCAGGCCACUCCCUUGCACACAAUCUUUCAGUUUUUUCUCCUUUACCCUCAGUCUAAAACCCAAACUUUUAAUCAAGGUCUCGUAGUAUAAUUAUGCCACUGCUUUCUUUCCAUCUUCUGCCAGUCUUUGUCUUCAUAGUUCCUAAGCCCCAGACUUGACACUAAAACCAAAAACUAGCAUAAGAAAUAAUAUGCAUAGUAAGUUUCCUGCUAGUGUACGGCAUCCAAGCUCGUGGAAGGGUCCCAGAAGUUUCACCUUUUGGUUAGCACCCGAGCUCUUAACUACUGUGCCGCCAAGGCUUUAUAAUGAGGCUUAGAUUGGGGGAAAUAACCAAUCAAUGAGAACACAGGGAAUGCAAAAUAGAACCUAAUCUAAGGAUCAGAAAACAUAUCCAUGGAAGGUGAUAAUCAAACUAAGACUGAGGAUGAGCAGACCAAACUUUUCUGUGGUUGCAGCUCUCUUUACCCAGUCACCAUGCCCAAAGUUGAUCUCCUCUCUCAAACAGUGUUUUGGAACUCUUUGACAGCUUCAACCACAGUGAUUACAUAAGUUCUGUUUAAACACAUGUGAAGUCAGCUGUCAUUGUACGAAUGUUCUGAUUAUGAAAUGAAUAAACAAGAAAUAGUUUUAAUGUUUGCUCAGUGGAAGUGGAGAUAAAAUGUAUGUACAGUGGGUGUUUCUCAACAUGUGAAAUGGAUUUAGUGCUAGGAUUAAAAUCUUUUUUUUAUGCAUGAUAUUUCAUUUUGCAAAUCUGAUGCUAUCCCUGUCAGAACCUGCAUUCUAGUGUCUUUCAGGAUACAAAGUAUCUGAAACAGAGGUAAUCAAAGAAUAGGAGCAGAGCAAGAAAAGAACAAACUUGAAUAAAAUGGAAAAGGAGAGAAGCCAGGGCAAAAGAAGUAAAAAACAAAGAGAGAUAUUCGAUAUAUUGCAACAGGAAAUCAGAUGGAGAAAAGAAGGCCAAGACUUUAGGUCAGGACAAGAAGAUGUAGACUCAUCUCUCCCUGAUCCUCACCCGGAAACAACACAAGAAACAAUGGGGUGGGGGUGGGGGUUGGCAGGUAGGGCGGAGGAGGGGAGGAGGGGCUUUGAAUGGUGUUAAGAGAGAGGUGGGAAUCCGUGGGUGGUGUACACAGUUAACACGCUUGGCUUCUAACAAAAAGUUUGGAGGCUAGAGUCCACCUAAAGGUGCUUCAGAAGAAAGGCCUGAUGAUCUACUUUUGAAAAAUCAGCCACUGAAAAGCCUGUGGAACACAGUUCUACUCUAACACACAGGGUCUCCAUGAGUCAGAGUUGAAUCAAUGGCAACUGGUUUUCAAGGGCAAAGUGAGCUGGUUUGUAACCCCAAGACUGAAAGACUAGCACAGAGGCGGAGUGUCCUGUGCCUCCUCCAACCCCCACCACACCCAAAAGAAGAAGGGUAUGGUCCACUCCCAGUGUUUCCCGAUCCCAACCUAGUAAUAAAAGGCAGCCCAGAUAGACUCAUUUCUUCCCCUGACUGAUGGGAGUCUCAUUGACAACACCAGGCAAACCCCACAGUACCAGUCAAGGGAAUCUGUUAGGAGUACCGUUGUCAGUAAGUGGCCAGGGAAAGUACUCUUUUCCCUCUCAGGCCUUCUUCUCUCACCUGGAGACAUGACAUAUUCAAAGAAACCAGCAAGGGGGACACUGCCACAAGAAGCACAUGGCCCGUGUGCUCUGUGGGCUGUCUCCAAGUGCUGGAGACUCCCUUUUGCUACAGUCAGCGUGCAGACCAGAACGGAAAAAUCUCCUUCUGCCCUUUUAAGAAGCAUCAGUAGGGACCAGGGGACCAGGGCCUCAGUGGAACCAGAUAAACCAAAAUAACAGUACAAACCUCUGAAAAUUGGUGUUAUUGGAACUGCAGCCCACAAAAAUAAGUCAGUGCUUGCAUGCUAAACCUAAACAGGGUGACUGCCUGCUAAAAUAAAAAAUGUAAAUAAGAACCAGAGACUUCAAACAUAAUCGCCCAAAUGUCAAGGAUACAAUAGAAAAUAACCCUUCAUACCAAGAACCAGGAAAACCACAUCUUGAUUAAAAACUCUCAGAAAACUAGGAAUAGAGGGCAACUAGCUCAAGUCCAUGAAGAACAUCUACAAGUAAACCUACAUGUAACCUCACACUUUAGGCUAAAUACUUUCCCCAUAAUAUCAGGAAGAGGCAAUAAUGUUCUCUCUCACCACUAGUAUUUUACAUCAUACUAGAAGUUCUAGCCUGUGCAAUAUUUGUUGUUGUUAAGGUGCAGUCAAGUCGAUUUCCACUCGUGGAGACCCCAUGUGAUAGUGUAGAACUGCCCUAUAGAGUUUUGUAGGCUGUAAUCUCAAUGGGAGCAGAUCAGCAGGUCUUUCUUCAUGGAACCACUGUGUGGGUUUGAGUCACCUACCUUUCGGUUAGCAGCUGAGUCCUGGGCAGUAACACACUUCCUUUUCUCAAAAGGACCCCACAUUUUAUUUAAUGCUCUACCAUCAAUGUCUUGAAAAUUUUAUUAAUUUUUGAAAAAGGUGCUCUACAUUUUUAUUUUGCAAUUCUAUGUACCUAGAAAGUGGGAGUGUGAGUGAGUGUGUGUGUGUGUGUGUGUGUGUGUGUGGCGGGGGAAGGGAGAUUAGAAAGUGGACAUCUUUGGGGGGACAUUAUUCUGCUUACAAUAUAUGCUUAAACAAGUAGCAAGCUAGAGAAAUGGUAUUUGGAUUAGGCUCAUUUAGCUCCAAAGGGUGUGUUCUUUCAUGUUACAGUAUACUGCCUUUUACAUCCCUAUUACAUUGAAUAUCUUUAUCAUUUUUCCUGUUGCUAAAGGCAAAGAGCCCCAAGAGAAGUAGGACAAAGUUCAGCUGGAAGGAGAUCAUUGCCAUGAGUUUUUACUGUUUUCUAUAACUUUGUAUCAGUCUGGUGUUCUAAUAAAAUAAGAUCAGAUUACUUUUAUAUUCGUCAGUUGAGAUAGUCUCUGCUCUUGAGUAAUAAAGGGGGAAAAACCGAAAACUUACUGGGGUUUCUUGUUUCCUUCUACAUCAAAUUAUUCAUCAAUUCUGUCUCCUAAUAACCCCAAUUUAAAUAAUCUUUUUUUUUUUGGAAAAGAAGCAAAUCCCCUUACUAAGCGAAAUUAAAAUCAGUCUACUUCUGUGUUUUCUUACCUACCAUCAUGGUAACUCUCCAGGGGUCAUGUAAAUAUACAUAAUUGUGUCAUAUAUGGUAUCAGCUAUGGGACACAGGGUUGCAAAAGAAAGUAAUCAGAGUUAUACAGCUUAACCAAAAAAACCAAACCCGUUGCUGUUGAGUCAAUUCCAACUCACAGCAACUCUAUAGGACAGAGAAGAACUGCCCCAGAUGGUGCCCAAGGAGCACCUGUGGAUUUCAACCUUUUGAUCAGCAGUUGUAGCUCUUAAUCACUAUACCACCUGGGUUUCCAGUACAGCUUAGAGGUUGUAAAGUUUACAUAGUUUAACAUAGGUCUUUAUUACAACUGGAAGCUUUUUCACUUUUUUCAUUUCAUAAUUUGUGUUCAAGCCAUCUUAAAUUACAGGUGGUUUCCCAAAUGCUAUAUAGUCUCUUUUCUCUAGGCCUAAUCAAAUGCAAGGAACUCUGGUGGAGUGGUGGUUAAGCGCUGUCUAUUAACCGAAAGGUGGGUGGUUCGAACACACCAGCCCCUCCGUGGGAGAAAGAUGUGGCAGUCUGCUUUCGUAAAGAUUUGCAGCCUUGGAAACCCUAUGGGGCAGUUGUUCUAUCCUAAAGUGUCACUAUGAGUCAGAAUCGACUGAAUGGCAAUGGGUGGUUUAAUCAAAUGCAGGGGUCCUAGCGGCGCAAUGGUUAAGUGCUCGGCAGUUAACUGAAAGGUGAGAGGUUUGAACCCACCAGCCACUCAGCGGGAGAAUGAUGUGGCAGUCUGUGUCCAUGAAAAUUACAGCCUCGGAAACCCUAUGGGGCACUUCCAUUCUGUCCUAUAGAGUUUAUAGAGUUGCCAUGAGUCAGAAUCAACUUUGCUACAAUGCGUUUUUUUUUUUUUUUUUUCUCUCCUCAUAAAAAACUGUCCCCUGGCUUAGGUGCUUUGCCUAAGCGCUCUCAUAAUACCUUACUGCUUUUCACAACUUGUUACAAUGAAUCAUGUUUACCUAUAUAUUUAUUUUUCAGGUUCCUAUCAAUGACGUUCCAUCAAGGAAGUGGCUUGUCUUGUUCAUUAUGUAUUCAGAGGCCACCUGGUCUGUUGCCUGAAAGAUACGAAUGCUAAAAAAAAAAAAAAAUAUGUGCUAAAUGGCA